AUGAGAGUAAACGUAGCACCAUCCUCCUCCACCAAUUUCCAGGCAGCUUUUCCGGUUAACCGGAGUUCCAACAUCGCCGGACUUCUUCCAAAUCCUUUUAUUCUACACUGCAAGAAAACUAAAGGGUCCAUAUUUUCUCGCAGGAAAGUCAGAGCUAUUACGACAGGUAGAAGAAUUGUAGGUGCUCAUGUGGUCAUGAAGGAAGCAAAGAAAAAGAGAGGUGGUGAAGUGAAAAUAGUGAGUAUUGUUGGAGAAGCUAGUGUUAGUCCUCUUAAGUCUGCUCCUUGGCUUGAUGUUAUGCUUCACACUGGUUGGUUGACUAAGGAACGAAAAUGAAGAAAAUCGCUGAAAAACGGAUAACUUUGGAGCUAAAGGACUGUCUGUAACUCGUGUUACGGACUGUAACGUGAUCCGGAACAUGAGAUUGAAGUGCUGAAGGAUUGUCAACGUUACGACUCAGAAGGACGGUCCGUAACUCGUGUUACGGCCGUAACGUGGAUCGUAACCUGAAGGGAAAUUCAAGUAACAUGCUGAAGGAUUGUCAAUGUUACAACCCAGAAAGACAGUCCGUAACGCAUCUUUAUGGGGCGUAACGUGGGGCCUGAUGCAUGUCAAGAUGAUAUCCACUAAAGACUUGAGGCUGAGAUCCGCUGGGAGAUACGGACUGUAACCUGUGUUACGGUCCGUCGAAGGAAGCCGUAACGGUUGACCUAAUAUCAAGCUGACAAAGGACGGACCGUAACAUGUGUUACGAUCCGUAAUGAUGCCACGAAGGGUGUUUUUAUCCAGAACUUUGGCGCGUUUUUGGGUCCCAUAAAUAGUUAAUUCUAGGUUUUUCAGCCAUUAUUCAUUCAUUGUAGAGGAUUAACUCUCGGCCUUUGAUAUUUGUGAAGUUGUUUAAUCAUUUAAGGCCUCAACUUCAUCCUUAGUUCACAUUUAUCACGAUUGUAAGUACAUUAUGUCAUCUUUUAAGCUUUCUUUGUUGAACAAAAGUAUGAGUAGCUUAUUUUAAUA